AUGGAGAAAUCGAAUGGAUUGAGAGGCAGUUACCUGAAUGGAGCUUACCAUCCUUCCCUUUCUUCUUCUCGCGCAGAUGUCAAUUACAGCUGUGGAUCUUGUGGCUAUGAGCUAAACCUAAGCUCCAACAACCGGAACACUUCUACCAUUGGCUCUAACAAGUAUGGGAAAUCUAUAAAGCGAGGGAUUAUAUCAUUCUUUCAAAUCGAUGACAGCAGAUUUACGCAGGUUGAUGAACUUCAAUGUAAACCCCAUUUCUCUAAGCGGUCUUGGGGUUUGUUCAGCCGGAGAACUAAACUGCUUUGUCGCAAGUGUGGUAAACAUAUAGGAAAUGCUUAUGAUGAUUAUACUUCAUCUUCUUUCCCACUAGUAUUAGAUGGAUCGGAUUCAUCCUCAGGCCGUGAACUUUCGAAAUGCAGAAAAUAUGAUGUUAGAAUUCGAUCUUUGCAGCCUUCAAAUUCUGAAGAAUGCGACACUCCGAUUUUCGGUUGA